AUGGCUUCAUCCCUCCAGCACCUUCACGCAGGUCUCCGAGUCAUCAAGAACUACACCAAAGGCUACACAGACACCCAGACAAAGGUCAGGGAUGCCACCUCCAACGACCCAUGGGGUCCCUCGGGCACAGAGAUGAACGCCAUCUGCCAGCUGACCUACAACCAGAACGACUUUGUCGAGAUUAUGGAGAUGCUGGACAAGCGACUCAACGACAAGGGCAAGAACUGGCGCCACGUAUUCAAAGCGCUCACUCUUCUCGACUACUGUCUCCAUGGCGGCUCUGAGAACGUAGUCAUCUACUUUAAAGACAACCUAUACCUCGUCAAAACGCUCAAAGAGUUUGUCUAUGUGGACGAGGAUGGAAAGGAUGUCGGGACAAACGUAAGGCAAAAGGCCAAGGACAUUACCAACCUGCUUCAAGACGACGCGCGCCUGAGGGAAGAGAGGCGUUCCAGGGGCGCGAUGCGGGACAGGAUGCUGAACAAUAUCGAGGCGUCUGGGCUGCGUGGCGAGCGCGAUAGCGGUGCACCCCGUAGUUCUGCCCCACCAGACUCGCCUCCUCCCCGGCAGCGUCCAGGCAGGAGCAGGAACGAGGACGACGAGCUGGAGAGGGCGAUCGCAGAGUCGAAGCGAAUGUCGGAAGAUGAGGCAAAGAGGAGGAGCAUGCAGACACAGGAAGAGGACGAGCUUAGAAGGGCAAUCCGCGAGUCGGAAGAAGAGGAGGCGAGGAGAAAGAGAGAGCAGGAAGAAUCAACAAAGAGCGCCUUGUUUGACGACAACCUCAACUUGCAAGGGCAGAAUGCGUAUACCCAGCAACAGCCCGAUUUGUUUGCCCAGCAAACUCAGCAGAUGCCAAUGCAGCCCACUGGCGGCUGGCCGCUUGUAGAUGCUGGAUGGGGCCAGCAGCAGCAACUCCAGCCUCAAUACACUUCCUACAAUCCCUUCUUUGCCAUGCAGCAGCAACAGCAGCAGCAAGAAGAGUAUAUGCGCCAGCAGAUGGCAUUGCAAGAGCAGCAACGCCAGCAACAAGAAUGGGCUCAGCAGCAACAGUACCUCCAAGCCCAAAACACCUCCCUCUUUGCCCAGCCUACCGGCUACGGCUCCAACAAUCCCUUUGCUCCCGGCGGUGGCCAAUCCCAACCCCCAGUGCCUUCCCCCCAGCCCCAACAGCAAUCUUCCUUCCUCCCUGUGCCCAGCGUCACUCAGCAGCAGCCUCAGCAAUCUUUCAGCCCUCAGCCUCAAGAGCCCCCCAAGCAGCUUGAGCCGCAGGCGACCGCGACGCCGAGCGGGUGGAACGGGACGCUCAAGACGAACGAUGCGCAGCAUGGAGGCUUGGCGAGUCUGUUGGCGAGGGGUAGAGAAGAUGGAUUGGAUACGUUUGGUAACCAGGGCAAUCUCCGUAUCCCGGUGGGAUCCGGGUUCCACGACUCCAACAGGGUGGCGGCGCAGCAGACAGGUGCGGCUGGGCUCGGUGCAAACAACCCUUUCGGUCAGAGGAUGCAGCAGCAGGGCCAGCAGAAUGGGCAGACCGACCAGCCGUUCUUCUCCAUCUAG